AUGUUUAAUGCUUUUUGACACGAAAAAUUAGAAAAGGAAAAAUCAGAAGAGACAAUCCAAAAAGAAAAAGCCAAAAGUGAUAGAGCGAAAUAUAAGAAAAGACAAGAUAGACUAAGUAAUCAAUCAAAAAUGAGAAUGAUGGAAUGAGCUCAUAGGAAUCUAGAACCAACUUUUACAAAGAGUAAAUCAUAACUAGGUUUAAUUGAUGGAUCAAUAACCUUAAAUCAUCCAGAUCAAAUGGGCUUCCGCCCUAUAAAAGUAGACAAGAGAGUCACGGUUAUAAAACAAUACUCAAAAAGCCCAGAUCCAAUAGAUGAAGCUAAUUCAAGCAAGCAAGAAUUAUCAAUAAUAUCUAGCUCAAGCAGCUCUAAUGAUUCAUAUUCUAGAUUGGUUAUAGUCGAGCAAAAACCUUUACCAAAUAUAGAAAAAAAUAAAAUCAAAGGAUAUGACGAAUUUGACGCAGAUAAAUUCGUCGGAAUAAGUUCAGUCAGGAUCGAGCACAAAGAUGAUCGACCUUUUGUCAAUUUUUCUAAGCAAUUCAAGAAAGAUGAUGCCGCAUGGCAUCAAAUGACAAGAAAUCAGUCAGAGCCUUAUAUCAGAGGAAACUUAAACGCAGCUGAAAUAGGCCGUCCAAGAGAGAAAUCCAAAGAAAUAAAUGGCGAUUUCAAACUAUAUAGAAGGCCGGACGUAUGGGAUAGUCUCAUGUCUAAGCCUUCUUCAAUCCGAUCUUAUAAAUCUAAUGAGAACAUGGCCAAAAAUAACUCCCCUUCAGGUUCCAGCCUGUCUUCCAAAAUCUACAAGAAAUCCCUUGAAAGCUUGAUAAUGAAGCAAUACUUUUCUCCAGUCCGAAUAUUUCAAAAUGCGCCCGCCAAGCUGUCAUAA